AUGAACACGUUCAAGCAAUUGAACGGAUACGUGGACCCAACUGAAAUAAUGAACGCCCACACUCCCAUUAACGCUAGCGUGUCGUUUAAACGGGGAAUCCUGCCGGAAAUCUCCGCUCUCCACUGCCUCCACCUCGACCUAUCCACCAACAACCUCCGUGACCCCAUCCCGCCGCAGCUCGCCAAUCUCACCCGCCUCAUCACCCUCCACCUCCAGAACAACAAGAUCUCCGGCCCAAUCCCUAAUUUCCUCUCAUCCCCUCCUCCAAAUCUCAUCGAUCUCAACCUAUCCAACAACGAGCUCUAUGAAUUUCUCCCCAACAACUUGAUUUUGAGGUACGGAUCGAGAAGGUUCGCCAGAAACCAAGCCCUAUGCAGCGAAAUUCCCCUUUUCCCCAGCUCAAACUCUAGCGGACAACCAUUCAUGACAAUGUCGUCCAACCCGAGCUCCUUCCCCCCAUCGCAGACUGCCGUGGCCACCAAUUCACCGAAAAAGCACCACAAAAAGCUCGGCAACAGCGCGAUUAUGGCUAUAGCGAUGGCGAAUUCGGUGGUAAUUGCAUCUUUCACGGUGCCUUACUGCUGCGAAAAGAGCUGUAGGUAA